AUUUAAAAGCAAUGUGAAAACCUGAGAAAAGAGACAGCCAAGGUAAAUUAAAAUAGAAAUUCAAACGAUGACAGUUAAACUUUCCAAAUACCAAAUGGGAAUGAACGUUAUAUUCACUUGUUCUUUUGCUUUUUUUCUCUAUCGCUUCUUUACUGACUUUCAUAUUCUCUUUUUUAGAACUUCAGCUCUUAUCUGGGGAUUAUUGUACGUGAACUCUCCCCAGGUUAUACAUCUUUGAAAGUAGAGCUUUAAUCGUUAAGGUACCUGAAGUCACCUCUUGCGAAGCAU